CGCAGGGUACCAACGCGGGCCGCCGCCGCAACCACGCGAACCCGACGCGAACUACCAAGCCUACGGGAACGUGCGAGAAAAGAGUCGGGAGCGGCCCGAUGGCAUGCAGCAGCGGAGUAAAUCUGGGCGGAAUGGGGCGCCCGCCGCCGCCGGAGGCUACGGGCCCGGGACGAAGAAGCUGGAUGGUAUGAUGAUGAUGAUGCUGAGGCGGGAACGAUUGAUGCGCGGGGGGAAAUGCUGAAGGCGAACAGAUAUCCUUCGCGUCAUUGAGCGGGAUUGGGACUUCAUGAAGGACGAGGAGUGCGUGCCCGUCAAGAUUGCGCUGCAAUUGAUGGAUACCAGCUCCUUGGGAAUGGCGCGCAAGUACCCGGAUUUCAAGGAGACGCAUCAGGAUCUCCAGUAUGCGCUCCAGGCCAUUGUAAACGAUCAUCACCAGGGGUUCAAUAGCUCCAUUGGAGCUUUCCACAACAUCAUGCGUAGUAUAACUACCUCGCAGACGAAAAUUAGAGAUUUGAGAGAGUCGUUAAUAAAAGCGAAGGGUGAUCUUUCGACGAGUAAGCCGGAGGUGAAGAACAUGGUUGAUAACUCACAGAAAUACGAUGCCAUGCUCCAAACUCUACACUCCAUAGAGCAACUUCAGCUCGUUCCAGACAAGUUGGAGGCGAGGAUAUCCGAGAAGAAGUUUCUGAGUGCUGUAGAACUUCUGGACGAUGCGCUCAAGAGGAUUCGGCAGGAUGACAUGAUGGAGAUCGGGGCGCUGUCGGACCUGAGGGCCUACCUGGGCAGUCAAGAAUCGUCUCUGGCAGAUAUCCUGGUGGAGGAAUUGCACAAUCAUCUCUAUCUCAAAUCGCUUUACUGCAACGACAGGUGGAAAGCAUAUUCCGCCACGAAAGACGGCUCCGGUGCGAAUGGCAGUGCUGCAAGCGCCUACAGCUCAGUGAGUGGCGUCAGGGCUCUGCACAAAUUUCUCGACAGCAGUGAUUUCACCCAGCCUAUGGUAGAAGACGUCAGCACGAACAAAAGUCCAGAGGCAGAUAGCUUGUGCUAUAUCCGGCUGCUUCUGGAAUCGCUACACAACCUCGGCCAUCUUCCGAAUGCUAUAGCAACUGUCAACCAGCGGCUUCCAGUUGAACUCUUUAAGCUCGUCGAUAAGACCAAUACCGAAGUCGACCAAAGACACCCGAGCUCCCUGACUGGCGUGACUCGGGGAUACCAUGGCAAGACUGUGGAUCUGGGAUUGAAGGAGAAUGAUGUCCGAGUCACCAUCAUCCAUGACUUGCUGUGCACACUAUAUUCCAAGUUUGAAGCUGUGAUGGAGGGAUAUCGGAUCAUCUACGACGUGGUGAGAGGGAUAACCAAACGUGGGGACUCACUGCAAGAGGCGGAAACGUGGAAGCAUGGGUUCGUUGAAGUCUGGCAGCUGGUCCAGAGCGAGAUGCGGUCCUUACUACACGAUUACUUGACCCAGAGCGACAGCCGCAGCGCUCAGCAUACCGCACCAAAGGGCCUGCACAAUGCGAUCAGCAACAUCGUAUCAGGCAAAGUGCCCCGAGACAAGAACAAGAUCAUUUUCAAACUCUCGAACACGGAUGUCACCACAUCGAGUGAUCUAAAACAGGAUCAAGAAGAUUUACAACAGAUCCUGAAAGCGUCUGUGCCUGGUCUAGUAUCCGAGUCGCUACGGCCUGCGGUCUCCUCGUCGGACAACAAUAAUGCUUCCGACGGCGCGGCUACAGGCCAUAAGCUGCUCAUUGAGCCCAGCGUUUUUAAUAUCGGCUUACUGCUUCCGCCAUCACUCGCUUUCCUCAAUCGAAUCAAGGAGAUUGUGCCUCAAGGAUCUGGCAUUGUCCUCAGCACACUACCCUCGUUCCUAGACGACUUCCUAGUCAACGUAUUCUAUCCGUCGCUCGAGGAUACCAUCCGAGAUCUAUUCAACCAAACGACCGGCGACAUCGAUGCAUCCCAUGAAGACAUCAACUGGGCAAGCAUAUCGCAGAAGCCCGUCAUGCGUGGCACAGUAGCAUUCUUGGAGCUCAUCACGGCAUUCUGCAAGAUGCUUAACACGAUCCCACCGGACCAGGCAUUCGGGCAACUCACCAUUGAUCUACUGACUUCGUACUACGAUAAAUGCUACGAAUGGUACAAGGAGCUCGUCUCUCGCCACGCCGGCUCGGACCCAAACAGCUUCAAGGCCAGUGCGCGGUGGGCUCAGGGGGGUCCUAUCCAUUCCGCGAUCGGGGAUGUGUGGAAGUGGGAGGAUGAAACGGCACCUGUGGACCUCCUCCGGAAAGAAACGGACUUGCAACUCGCCGAACAAGCGAAGAGCAAGAUCACUGCGCACGACCUGAUCACGGACCGGAAGGUUAUCAAAUCCCUGUGCAUACUGUGCACCAGCAUGAAGUGGCUCGCCAGCAAGGUGAUACAGCUACGCCACAUCGAGGAUCCGGGGAACUUCUCGAGGAACGAUGGCGGUGGCUCCGGACGCCUCCGCCGUAGGUGGACACUGAUUGAUUCUAUCAGGGUUCAGCAUGAUGAGGAUAAACCCAUCUGUCUUCCCAUGACGGCGGAGACGGUCAGUGCAUUCGACGGUGUUGUUUCCUCCUUCCAAGAACUGGCCUCGAUAGUGCUAUACACACUCCACGCUGAAGUCCGCUGCCGCGUGAUCUACCAUCUCGACAAGUGCAUUACGCAAGGCAACUACUGUCUUGACAACCCAGUUACCGCACCCGACGCAAACGCAUUGACGCUGAACACGGAUCUGGUGUGGUUCGACGAGGACAUUUCGAAUGCCUUGCCGCAGCGGGAAACGACAUUCAUCGAGCGCGGCCUCGGCGCGUUGAUGGACCACAUCCUCGUCUCGCAAGCCAGCGCGAUCAAGAUCCUGAACCAGGACGGAGUCGACCGCAUGCAGCGCAACAUCCUCGUGCUGCAGCAGAACCUGAAGAACAUCGACGUCUCGGUGGAUCUGGGCCGCGCCUCGAGGUUCUACUCGCUCUACGGCGGAGGAAUGAAAGACCUCAUUGCCAGUGCCAAGGCUGGGAAGUUGGAGUUUACCUACGAUGAGUUGAAGGUCAUCGUCGAAUUGUACUUCUCCGAGGCGAUGAAUAACCGCCGCGAGUCUUCUUCGGCUCUGCAGGCGAGGAGGUCGUUGAAUGAGAACUUGUUGGCUUUGUCGGAGAUCAUGUGGUCAUUGUAGGGCGGAGGAAAUUGUGGUUUCUUUUGUGUUUUUUUUUUUUUGUUUUAUAGCAAGCGAUCAUACAAUAGUUCACGAGGUGGAUUUGAUGGACCAAAGUUUUAUCAACUGAAAUAAAUUCUAUCGACA